GUUGGCGUCCUGUCGCCCCGACCUUCGCCAGCGGGGCAGUAGCAUCAUGACGGUGGGAGCCAGGCUCCGAAGCAAGGCGGCGAGUGGUUUCCUGCGCCGCGGGCCCCGGGGGCGAGCGCGGGCGGAGGGGGACGAGGAGGCGGCCGCCCUCCUGGAGCCGCCGGAGCGCGGGGACGAGGCGGCGAGCGGGGCGAGCGCGGGGCGCCCGGGGGCCCGCAGCGCGCGCACGGUGCACCUGGCAGUCCUCCCCGAGCGCUACGAGCCGCUGGACGAGCCGGCCGCGGGCGAGAAGCCCAAGAGGAGGUACCGGCAGAAGCUGAAGAAGUACGGCAAGAAUGUUGGGAAGGUGGUCACCAAGGGAUGCCGCUACGUGGUCAUCGGCCUGCAAGGCUUCGCUGCGGCCUACUCUGCCCCGUUUGGAGUAGCCACCAGCGUGGUCACGUUCGUCCGCUAGUGGGAGCUGCGGGGGCAGACUCACCAGCACGGAUGGAAGCUCCGCUCUGGGACCAUCUCAGACCUGAACCCACAGAAUCCUUGGAGGAAAUCAAUGUCUUUCCUUGUUGCAUUGGAUGAAUGUUAGGAAUGGAACGUCCCUGCCCGUCCGCUGAGCUUUUCUCAUGACUCUAGGACGCCUGUGGCUCCGAUGGACAAUCCCGCAGAGAAUCAGGCCCAUGUUAGGUUUGGGGUUACAGUGUGCAAACACCGAAGGCUUCAUGCGGAGGUGGCAGGGGGCUGGCCCGGAGGCAGACACCUGGCAGACGGGAGCACUCUGGGUGGGUAGUGGAGGGGUGAUUACAAGGCGGGACGGGGAUUUUGACGAUUUGUUAUGUUCUGGAAGGGUCGCAGGCUGACAUGGCGCUCACAGCCCUUGGCUGCCUCGGUUCUGGGGCCAGCAGAGAAGCUGUUUGUCAUGUGCCCCAGCUCCUUUCUCCACCCCUUUGUCACCAGGGGUAUAAUUAUGGGCUUGAGAAGAAGGAAGGAAGGAAAAUCUCUUUGAAGGUGGGGAUGCUUUGAAAACUGUUGAUGACGUGUGUGACUGUUUAAAGCAGAUAAAGCUUGUGAUCCCCCCCUGCCCUCCCCUCCGCCCACCCCCCCAGUGACAGGAAUGUGUUGCUGGCCUGGUGGGAGGAAGGGGGCGCAGAGGCAGGCCGGUGUAGUGUAGAGGUGGCUGGAGGGAGCCAUGCCAUGGGGCCCGGGCCAGGCCAGUGGCUGGCCGAUGGCCGGGCCUCCUGACUCAGCUGCCAGGCACCAUCACCGACUGCACCUAGCCACCCAGAGGCGUUUUGUCUUGGGAGAGAGGGAGACGUGGUGCCUGGCAAGGAAAGUGUGUGAUUUAGAGAAGGAACCAGUAAGUAGGAGACAGGUGUGCUGGAAGUAGAAAGAUGGUGGACAGGAGGAGCGGAAGGUGGGGAGCCAGGCCUGGUUUAUCAGCCCUGGGAAACCUUAGGUGGGCUGGGCUUGCAGCUCCGGGUAGGGACCAGGGAUGCUGGGGGGCUAGGGGUGCCAUGGCUGGUGCUGAAAGUCCCCCUGGGGCCCAUGAGCUCUCGCUGGCUGCCUUUUGUAGCAUCCUUUCCUCUUUGGGGCUGCCAAGCUGGUCCGCAUCUCACCUGGAUUCAGAGCUCAGUGCCGCAUGGGUCCUGGGCUGGACACUCCACCCGGGAUGACCCAGGGACUGCCAUUGGAUCAUUGGCCAGGGAGGGGAAAGAAAGAGGAGGCUCCUCUUACCGUACCCCUCCGCCAACCCCCGUGAUAGGCCCCUGUUCGGACUGUUGCCAGAAUAUCCAGAAGCCCAAAUAGUUGUUGCUGAUCAGUCUGUAGGGUGGGCGGCAGCACCUGCGUGUUGCCCUGAGCAGUUCCCCAGGCCUUGGCAGAGGAGGCCUCGGUGCUCAUGCCUCACCGGUCAGGCCAACCAGGUGGCACCAGAACGUGGAGAAGGUGACUGGGGAAGACAGACAGAUGGACAGAAAAAGGAACCGGUGUAGGAGAGAGUUGUAGCUAGACAUUCUGGAGGCUCAGGUUGAAGAUGAACUUAGAUCCAGUUCUGCAUCAUUAAUAUUUGUGAGGAAAAGAGAAAACAAACGGUCUUGUUUUCACUCAAAUGCUGAAAGAGGAUAACAGCUGGCCUGAGCACACUGAGACUCGGGGAAAAGAGACCAAAGUGGGAGGAAAAGCCAAGCAGAGUUUAGUGGGAGAGCCAGACCUCUGCAGCCCACAGGUGACAGGAGGAGGCAGCCUGUGAGGGGCUCGGAGCAUGUCCCUCCCUGGCGGCCCAGGGAUGCUGACCCGCCCUGGAGAAGUCUGCUGAGUCCCCUCGGAGGAACGGAAGUGUGACCCUGGAAGGGACCAGAGCUGCCAAGGCCUGUCCGGUGAAGACCUUCCCCAUCCCAUCCCCAAAUUGGAGACACUAUCAGGCCAGGUAUAUUUGGCCCAGAAAUUGGAAUCGUCUGAUUAAGAAUCAGCCUAGAAAUGUCAUCAGUCAGAACCUCGCAGGGAUUGUCCCGGGAGCCAGAUGCCUGUGUACAGAAGAUGACCUUGUCCAAACUCCCAGAGGGUUCGUUUCCCCCGGGGACAGGGCAUCCGUGUUGCAGAUUACCUUUUUGCCUGUUUCUCUGUCUUCAGUUUUUUUUUUUUUUCUUUAAAUAUCCGGGUCCACACCCUACUGAGAAUUGAGUUUCAGAGCUUUGCCUUUACACGCUUGACCAAGAAGCUUCUUUUGUAUCCUUUUCCUGGUCUAUAAUGUAAAUAAAACCCUCA